AUGGAUAAUAUAGCGAAGCAGAGUGUCGAGUCUGCCGACUCAACCCUCGGAGAGCCUCCUACCUCCGAAGAGGAGAAGCUUGUCAUCAAGAAGCUGGAUUGGCGUCUGAUGCCUAUGAUAUUUGCCAUUUACUCGUUGUCGGUCUUGGACAGGUCGAACCUGGGAAAUGCCCAUGUCGCCGGUCUUGACGAGUCGCUUGGGCUCCAGGGCGAUCAAUACUCGACUCUUGGUACCUUCUUCUACGUGACUUAUAUAAUAUUCCAAAGUGCUGCCGCGGGAUGGAAGCACUUCCCUGCUCAUAUCUGGGUCACAUGUAUCGUCAUCUCGUUUGCUACGAUCUCGGCUGCGCAAGCCGCAACGCAGAAUUACGCUGGUAUAGUCGUUCUUCGGUUCCUCCUAGGCGCGACAGAAGCGAUGUACGCCGGCGUACCAGUAUACUUGUCUUUCUUCUACCCGCGGGAUAGGGUUGGGUUUCGCCAGGGAAUAUUCCUCUCCGGAUCCGCGCUCGCGAACGCCUAUGGCGGAGCGCUCGGCUACGCAAUUACUCAGAUCAAGAGCCAUCUCGAGCCCUGGCGUAUCUUAUUUCUGAUAGAAGGUCUACCGACGCUUAUCAUGGCAGCCGUCGCGUGGUUUUGCUUUCCCGAUGAUAUCGAGAGUGCCAGAUUUCUCACGGAUCGCGAAAAACAGGUCGUCAAGCACAUGGUCAGCCGCGAGCAGACUGCCGACACUGUGCAUCAUACUGGUCUUAGAGUGAAGGAUUUCUUGGCGGCAUUCAAAGACUGGCGAAGUUACCUUACUGGAGUAAUGUAUUUUGGGUGCAAUGUCUCUUUCGCAUCUCUUCCCCUGUUUGUCCCAUCGAUCAUCGCUGAAAUCGGAUCGUUCUCACGCAUUCAAGCGAACGGGCUCUCUGCACCGCCAUAUCUCUUGACCUUUAUUUUGAUCAUCACCUGCGCGUUCAUCUCAGAUCGUGUUAGGAUGCGCGGGCCGUUCGUAUGCUUCUUCAGCGUUGUGUCAGCAAUCGGGUUUCUAUUGCUAGCCACGACUGAGGCUCCCGCAUCUAGGUAUCUCGGUGUCUACUUUGCAAUUACGAUAUUCGUAUCGGUUGCUAUUCUGAUUCCGUGGGUGUCUAAUUCGCAUAAUACGGAGAGUAAAAGAGCAGGUGGUUAUGCGAUAUUUGCAACAUUUGGACAGGCUGGGCCUUUAGUUGGCACGAACAUAUUUCCGUCGCGUGAGGCUCCUUACUACCGUAAAGGCUCCUGGAUAUCGUUUUCGUUCUGCGUGCUAGUUGCGAUAACUUCGGCUAUGUUUAGUUUCUUAUUACGCCAUGAAAAUCUCAGGUUGGAUAGGUUGCAGAGCGACGAAGGAGAAAGGUUGAAUGGAGGUCAACGAGGGUUUCGAUAUGUGAUUUAA